AUUGGACAUAACCACCACUCACUUCCUUUUUUACUCUUUACACCACGUUUUUAUAGUUUGACCACUUUUAAUAACUUUUAUCGCCGUGUUUAGCGAGUUUCUACACUUUAGUCCUGUUAAUUAGCUGUUAAUAUCGAUGCAAUGGUCGAGGAGCUAAUGUUAGCCGGGUGCUAGCAGAGAAAGUAGCCGGGGUUAGAGCUCCAUUUCUCGGCUACAUGUAAUCCAAAGAACCGUGGAUUAAACAUGGAAAACCCGAGUCAUUUGGGAGGAUUAUUUCGCUAUCUUCAAGACCCUUACCUUGUUGCUCGUUUUCAGCACAUUUGUGGAGUCCGGGGCACAUUUCUGAAGACCCCCGCGGAGGAGUGUAACAACAGCGAGGACAGAGGAGAAUGUGACCGAAAACCAGCGCGCAGCAACGGGGCAUGUCCUCACCACUCGCCCGGGGAAAGCCAUGGGGAAACAGCGGGUGGUUUUGGGGCUGGAGGACAGGAGAGACGCGAAAACUGUUCAAAGGGACUUCACAAAAGAUCUAAAGGUGUAAAUGCAUCCAAACAACCAGGGGAAGGUGGGGAAAAGUUGACCCAAAAUGGUGCAGCGAACCCGGGGGGAGAGACUCCAGGCAGCGCUGUGAAACCGCUUCGGAAAAACUCGCUUACUGGGGAUGCCGGGCAAGAAUUUAUCAUUGAAAACCGCUUUUUGUAUUACUUAUUCACUUUUGGGACUGAACUGGGGAAUGAGCUGUUUUAUAUCACGUUUUUCCCCUUUGUAAUGUGGAAUAUUGAUGCUUUUGUGGCGCGUAGGAUCAUAACGGUGUGGGCUUGGGUGAUGUAUCUUGGACAAUGCACCAAGGAUCUUCUCGGCUGGUCCAGACCCGCUUCUCCGCCCGUGGUUAAAGUGGAGAUGUUCUACAACUCCGAGUACAGCAUGCCCUCCACACACGCCAUGUCCGGGACCGCCAUCCCCUUCGCCCUCUUCUACAUGACCCUCGGCCGCUGGGAGUACCCUUUUGCUGUUGGCCUGUCUGUGGCUCUGAGCUGGUGUGUCCUGGUCUGUGUGAGCCGCAUCUACAUGGGCAUGCACUCUCUACUGGAUGUACUGGCGGGGGUCCUGUACUCCUCCCUGAUCCUGCUCGUGACUCUUCCAGCCUUGGACUCCUUAGACCUUUUCAUCCUCCACAGCCGCUGGUCUCCUCUCUUCAUCAUCGCCGUCCCGUUCGCCCUGUCUCUGCUCUGCUUCCACCUGGAUGCAUGGAGCACGUCGAGGGGGGACACGGCUCAGAUCCUGGGCACCGGGGCGGGCGUGGCGCUGGCAUCUCACGCUAACUUCCGCCUCGGUUUCAGCCGCGACCCCGUGUCCCUCUCUCUCUCACUCCCUCCCCUCUCCUUCUCGCUCUUGGUCAUGGCGCUGGUGCGGUGGAUCGCAGGUGUGGCCGUUCUGAUGCUGACGCGCGCCGUGAUGAAAGCGGUUACCUUGACGAUGCUGUGCCGGGUGCUGAGGCUGGGAGGGGGCGGAGACGUGAGGCAGGCGCGGCAGCACAUGGAGGUGGAGCUUCCGUACAGGUACAUCGUCUACGGAACGGUGGGGUUCAGUGUGCUGUUCCUCGUGCCUCUGCUUUUCAGCUACGUGCAGCUCUGAAACAGACUACACGACCCAUAAUGCACUGCAAGGAGGUAACUGCAACUCCCACGAUGCACUACCACGACGCAACUGCAACUCCCAGGAAGCACUGCACUGCGUGAGAAACAUCAGAAAACUACACAGUGUUUUACAGCGCUAUAAAAGGAAACUACAACCUCCACAACGCACUGCAGGCUGAUAACUGCAACUCCCAGGAUGCACUGCUCUGAGAGAAAACUACAGAGCCUAUUGUAAAGCUAUUAAAGAAAGAAAGAUUUUAAUUACAGCCCCCUUUGUGCGGCUCUGACAGAAACUACACAACCCACAAUGCACUGCCCUGAGCAAAAAACUACAGGAAAUAUUUCACAGCCUAAUACAGAGCUAUGAAAGUAAACUACACCCCCCACGAUGCUUAUCUCUCAAGCUUCUUUUCAUUUUUUUAUUUAUUAGGACAAUAUACAAUUACAUUAAGAUUAAAAGCAGAGGUGUAGGUACCAGACUGUAGCUUUACUUCUAACCCGUCACUAGGGUUGCACUAAUCCAAUACUGGUAUCAAAUAUUUGCACUGAUCCUACAAAAAACAGCGAGAUCGAAUAUUGGCUUUGAAAUAUCGGUUCAGUCGAUGUCGUGGUUGGGCAUAGAAAUCGUCAUAAUAGUAUUUUCUAGUUUUUUUCUACAGGAAGUUUCAUAUUAUUUGAACUUUUACUUGCACAAAGCUGUUCUGUAGUUACUUGAGAGAUAAAUAACAGCUACAAAACACAUUUGUAUCAGUUUUAUUUUGUUUUAUUUUAUUUUACGCAUUGUGUAACUUUUUUAGCGAAGGGUCCAUCAAAUGCUUUUUCUCCAUGGAGAUGUUAUUGCUUUGGCUGGAAUGUUUUACAGUAUGGCAUUAAACCUUUCUAUCUUCAUGGAGACCAGACCAAGUUACAGGUCAGGUCUGUGGAGAGCCAACACCGUUCUCUGUCAGAAUGCCUGUUUUUUAAGUAUUUUGGAGAAUAAUGAGUAAUGGAAUAAAUGUAAGGUAGAUCUGUUUCAUGUCAUACUGUGAAACAUUCCAGGCAGAGCAAUGAUAUCACCAUAGAAACAACCCCUCAACCCUCAACCAAAAAGUUACAUAGUGCAUCUUUUGAGGAAAUACAUGCUGUGUUAUCAAUUGAUAUCGGUUGUACUUUAAGCUGUAGUAGUAAAAUUGGUGUCGGACUUGAAAAAGCUGUAUCUUUGCAUUUGUAUUGUGCAUUGAUGGAAGGGGCACUUAUUGUAUUAAUUGUCUGUAAAGUGAACAAUUAAAAAACAUGCUUAAUUGUUCAUAUAAGUUAAAACUAAUCAGUAAAAUAUGAUGUUUUAAGUGUUUUUGUUUGUUUUUCCCCCUGAUUUGUACUACCCAGAAUACACCGUAGUUAAGCCUUUUGCAACACUGACUCUAAACUAGCUAUUUAUAACUUUAAACUACACAACCCAUGAUGCCUUUCUCUCCAGCUUCAUACAGCUCUGAACUACAUCUCCCACGAUGCACGGCGCUGAUCUUCCACUGUGCUUUUUCAGACCUAUAUUUUUAUACUUUGAAAGAGAGUUCACUGCCUUGUUUCUUGACUGUGGCUUCGACUGUUAUUGCUCAAGUCAACGGGAGAUAAACUUUUUAAUAUUUUGUACUAAACAGAAUUCACAAAUGUAACUUAUUGCACUGCCGAUAAAGGUGCACUGUGUAACUUUUCUGGUAUGGGGUAGUUGCAUUGCCUCGAGUGUUCCACAGUAGGGCAUUACGCUUACAUCAAUCUCGCAUUUAUUCACUUAUAGCGAUUUCAUACAUUCUUACUGUGAGUGGGGUCGCCUCUCCACAGAUCUGACCUCAAACUCGGCCUAGUGGCUUUUCUCUAUUUAGGUAGAUAAUAUUAAUGCCAUACAGUGGAACAUUCUUCCUCCACCUGAAAACUUACAGAGUGCCCCUUUAAUGAUAAAUAAAAUAAAGUAACUCAUGAGUAACUUCAAGGUAACAAACACAUUUUAAACUUGAGGAUGGACCACUAAGAAUUAAACUGCCUUUUGCACAAAAUAUUCAGAAUUGUCUCAGAAAUGCAUUUAAUUUUGCCUUAAACAUAAAAAUAACCACUUUCAGAUACAUUUUCUAUUCUGCCUUUUUUUUGGUUUGUUUUAAUCUACUGUUUUUUCUACGGCUGUUAUGCACAUAUUGAUACUUUGCAGUGGCAUCAUGCUGGGGGUGUUCUGCGUGUGUGUCUAUGGUGGGAUGUUCAGCAUUUACUCUGGUGACACAAUACACACAUAAGCAAACACUGACAAAAAAGUUUAAAUAUAGUCUGAAGAAAAAAUACAAAAAGAUUUAUCGCAUUUUUCAGGAGCCUGUGAUCAAUACGAGCAUUCAUGGUCCAGUUUAGGAGUUUGAUUUUCAACUAAAAUGUGAAAGUGACUAACUGAAAAACUGUUGGCCUAGCUAGUUUGUGACUGUAAUUUUAUUUGAGAACAGCACAAAUCAGCUGACCUGUUCUAAUUCUAAAUAAGUCCGUUCUUUCUUUUCAGAUUGAGUUAAAACAAAGCUCAGAUCAGUCUAAGUUGAGUAACAGAGCUUCAGACAGAGCAGUGCCUACAGUUAGCGUCACACCCCCAGGUAAUAUUGAUGACAUCAGCUGCAAAGUAUCAGUUUGUAUUAUUUUAGUGAUUUUAAACCAAGAAACCUUAAAGUCAAAACUCAGAGAUGCUUUUUUAAACUGUUUCUAAAGCAAUACAAUACCACCUGUGGACUUUUAAAUGCAUUUAUUCCAAAGGAUUUCAUCAUUUGUUUUAGAGAAAUGGACUCUACGCGGCACAUAUUUUAGAAUGUUUGUGUACAUUUUGAUUCUUUGACACUGUAGAUGUUCGAUUUGAGAUUUCUGUGUUUGAUUUGUUCUGGUCUCAGGAGAAAAA